UUGAUUGCUUUUCGAGAUCCAGGACCCAUUCCUACCUUCCCCAGGUAGGGUGGCUGCCACCUGCCAUGCGCGAGUUUCUCAAUGUGAGCACCACCCUGACGCUGGCGGCAAUCGGUGCCUGCACCUUGCUGCUGGCUGGAGAUGCGCUGGCCUUUACGUCAGGUGUGAGCCGUGGCCCACAGCUGCCACCCCAUGUCUCAGGAGCAUCCUCCCUGGCAGGCAGCAGCUUGCCCUUUGCGUCUGCACAGGAGGUGAUGGGAGCCAAGGGCGUGGUGUGCUUUGGCAUGGGUUUCGGUAUUCUCAUGGCGCUGAGCCGCGGGUUGUCCCAGUCUCGAGUGUCUUGCAAGGCAUCUUUUGAGCAACCAGGCAGCCUCGUGGUGAAGGAAAAGGACACGGACAUUUCCAAAAUUGCUUACCUGCAGGAUGUCCCUCGCACCAUCAUUGAGAAGGACACUUUGGAGAAGCUGCUUAAGGUCACUCCACGCGACCAGUGGGAAGACCCACCUGAGGACACAUACCUCUACACCCUGAAGACAUUUGCGGAGGUGUAUGGCCCUGGCAAGGCAACUAAGAUGGGCUGGUGGGACUAUUUCAGGCUGAAGGUGGACUUGCCUGACACUGCUGAGCUGCAGGAUGAAGAGGAUGCACUCUAUGUCAGUGAGUACUAUAGACUCAUGAUGGAGGGCAAGGUUCCUUUUGCUGUUCCUGGCCCAGCAGGAUACUGGUACACCGGUGCCAUCAUUCAGUGGAAGGGCAAGGAGCCAUUCGCAGGCGACCAAGUGCAGACCCUGUUGGAGAAUGGCCGAUGGAGCAAGCAGUUCUUGAGCAAUUUGGCUUUCUACCGUGAGGGUCUGAAGCCAUGGCAGCGUGGACUGGAGAUUGGAAUGGCCCACGGCUACUUCCUGAUUGGACCCUUCACUUCCUUGGGUCCCUUGAGAAACACUCCAGAGGCAGCCACUGUUGGCCUGUUGUGCGGCUGUGCGAUUGUGGGCAUUGUUUCCGUGGGCGGCUUGAUCUUCGGCAGCACCAUCAAGCCAACCCGUUUCGACAAGCCAGGCGACAAGCCCGCAGCAGGCUUCAUUGAGAUGAUCAACUGGCAUGCGAUUGGUGGCCUGGGUGGGGCUGGCUUUGCUCAUGCCCUCAUCACGAUCUUUGGGUCCUGAGAAGAGAGCAACUUUUUUGAAGGUUUGGACGCGUUGCACAGAUUGACAUCUUGCAAAGUGUCAAGUCAAUUCAAUACUCGUCCUUGUGAGGCUA